GCUCUGAAAUGACAUUUGACCAGUUAGCUGUCAAAGUAAAUUGUCAAAUGUGCCUUGUUUAUUCGUUUGUUGAUUUUGUAUAAAUGCAUUUAGUUGCUACUGUGUAGCGAUUUUCUAUAUUUAACCGAUCUGGACAUACCGAAAUGGAUGCAGUUGUGUUGGAUAAUGGCGCCUACACAGCUAAAGUCGGUUUAGCAACGCAAGAUGACCCGUCUGUCGUGCCCAACUGUAUUAUGAAGGCGAAAGCGGAGCGGCGACGUGCAUUUAUUGGUAGCCAAAUUGAUGAAUGCCGCGAUGCUUCAGGACUAUUUUUCAUAUUGUGUUUUCAAAAGGGAUACCUUCUUAAUUGGGAUAUACAGAAAACCGUGUGGGAUCAUAUUUUCAGCAAUGAAGGCACGGGUAUUUCGUUGGAAGAUCGUCCUAUAGUUAUAACGGAACCACAACUAAAUUUCCCCAGUAUACAAGAAGCUAUGAUGGAAAUACUUUUCGAGGAGUAUCAUUGCUCCGGUGUGCAUAAGUGCACAACUGCCGAAUUGGCGGCUUAUAAUUACGCCGCAGAAAGUGAAGAAAGUCCGUUGCAGGCGUUGAACUGCGUUGUUAUAGACGUUGGUUAUAGCUUCACUCAUGUUGUGCCAUUCGUGCGCGGACGGCGUGUGGAACGCGGCAUACGACGUGUCGAAGUUGGCGGCAAAGUUCUGACGAAUCACUUAAAAGAACUUAUUUCCUAUCGACAUUUAAAUAUGAUGGACGAGUCCUAUGUGGUUAAUCAGAUAAAAGAAGACGUUUGCUUUGUUUCACAGGACUUUAAGGAUGACAUGCGCGUGCACACAGCUGCCGAGAAACGCGCAGAGGUCGUGGUGGAAUAUGUGCUACCUGAUUUCACAACAGUUAAACGUGGUUUUAUACGCAAUAAAGGCAAAGGCAAAAAUGACAAAGAGGGCGAUAAGGAAGAAGACGCAGAAAAUGAAGAAAGCGAUCAGCAGUCGGUACGACUUUGCAACGAACGUUUUACAGUGCCCGAAUUGCUUUUUAACCCCAGUGAUGUGGGCAUACAACAAGUUGGUAUACCGGAAGCUGUCAUCGACUGCCUCAAGGAUUGUCCUAUCUAUUCGCACAGUGAAUUGCUACGUAAUAUACUCAUUAUAGGUGGGAGCUCACUUUUCCCGGGAUUUAUACCACGUUUGAAAGCCGAAAUUCGUUCAUUAGCGCCUGAUGAUUUAGAAGUUUCAUUGAUUUUCCCCGAAGAUCCCACCUCUUAUGGUUGGUAUGGUGGCAAAGAAUUGGCGAACAGUGAUGGAUUUAAAGACAUGCUGCUUACCAGGGACGAGUAUGAAGAGAAUGGCUAUUCAGCUUGCAAUGGCAAAUAAAUUACUUAAGAAACCGCAAAUGCAUUAAUGUUCUCUUUACUUUUAUAUAGUGUACAACUUUGAUUUUCUGCCUGAAGCUUUAAAACAGCUAUUUAUUUUCGAUUAUUUAUAGAACUAACAUCUUUAAAUAUCUUCAUAUGUUUCAACUCAUUUGAAAACAAAUAGUAAUCACAAAACUAGUACUUAACCGACAAUUUUAAACUAGUUUAAAG